AUGGCCGACGCUGUGGAGAGCUCCGACCAGCACCAACAAACUUCCUGCCACAUCCCGACGUUUUCCGCCCGUCACCCGAUGAUCCCCAAACUGUACGUGAUGCCGUGGAGACAGGACAUGAAGCACCAGAGGCUCCUGAUGAAGAACGCAGCUCUGGCCGGCAUUCCUGCGGUUCCUCUGGAGGAAUCGUUGUGUUUCUGUGGUCGAGAGCGUCUCUGCCACGGUCAGGACUCCACCACCAGAUCCUCAUCUUCAUCUUCAUCCUCCUCCUCCUCCUCCUCGGCUCCUCUCAGCCAGACAUUAGUGACGGCUCAUCACUCCUCACACCUCUCCAGGUACAACAGCUCUGUGGUGACCACGAGAAGCCUCUACCAGAGCUGAGCACCAAACACUUUGCUUCCUGCACUCUGGGUCAGUCCUGGUAGCUGCAGGUUAAGCUGAGGCCA